AUGCGUAUCAACACUCCCGUUGUUCUGUGCCUCACGGCCGGAGCCAUUUCCAACGCCAUUCCUACUCAGAAAAGGGCCAGCAUCACUCUCCCAACCGCAGCAUCGAGAGACCUCACUGAAGCCGGCGAGCAAUUGGCAGAAUUAACCAGUUUUGCCCAAAUCACCUGGAACCAGACUCUCUCUUCCAACAGCAGCAUAGAGAAGCGAUCAACUUGCAACCUUAGCAAUGUCGCGGUCAGGAGGGAAUGGGGCGAUCUUGCGAAUGCCGAACGUAAGGCAUACACUGAUGCUGUCCUCUGUCUUCAAGCCAAGCCCAACAAGACUCCCGCUUCCCUUAUCCCUGGGGCGAGGUCUAGGUUCGAUGACUGGAUUGGUGCCCACAUCAACCAGACAUUGACAAUUCACUAUACCGGCACAUUCCUCGCUUGGCACCGCUACUUUACCUGGGAAUACGAACAAGCUCUUCGCAAUGAAUGCGGUUAUACCGGUUACCAACCCUACUGGGACUGGUCCAAGACCGCCGUAACUGGUCUUGAAUCCUCUCCCAUCUUCGAUGGCUCAGAGUACAGCAUGUCCGGUAACGGCGAGCACAUUUCCAACCGUAGCGACUACGUCGUCCUUGGUGACAGUAAUGGUGUCGACGAGAUCAUUGCUCCUGCCGGAACUGGAGGCGGUUGCGUCACAUCUGGGCCAUUCAAGGAUAUGGUGGUUAACUUGGGACCUGUGGACCUUGUUGUAAUGGGCAACAAGACAGAGGCCAAUGGUGACGGCUUGAGUUAUAACCCGCGUUGCAUGAAGCGCGAUCUCACCUCCGCCAUCAACAAGCGCUAUGCGAACGCCACAACCGUAGUCGACACCCUCAUCCAAUCCAACACCGCAGACUUCCAAGAGAUCCUCCAAGGCAGGCCCAAUAGUGGUGAACUCGGAGCCCACGGAGGCGGUCACUUCUCCUUUGGUGGUGACCCAGCCCGUGACUUGUACAUUUCACCCGGAGACCCGUUGUUCUUCCUUCACCACGGUAUGGUUGAUCGCACAUGGUGGAUCUUCCAGGGAAUGGAUUUGGAGAAGAGGACGGGUGCUGAGGGGAUUGCGGGAACCGCUACGUGGUUGAACAGUCCGGAGAGUGCUAAUACUACGUUGGACACGACCUUGAACUUGGGCUAUGCAGCCGGGGAGGAUAUUGCCAUGAGGGAUUUGAUGAGUACUAUCGAGGGACCUUUCUGUUAUAUCUACUUGUGA